AUGUCUCUUCUGAAGCGCAUCAUACAUGACUGGCUUUCCUGGUCAAAGGCCAUCAAAUUCCCUACAAUUUCCUGCUUCGCCGGAUCUUUCACAAACUCCUUGGGGGAUGUUAAUCCUGUACUCCCGUCGCAUCAACGAUGCCUGGGUGGAUGGGGACAGAGACUGGUUGAGCCGCUGGAUGUUCAUGGCCGAGAGAGUGCCGCCACCGAACCUAUCGUGCUGGAGAACCUGGAGAGCAAAGUACCGUGGCACCAUCUCUUCAUAGCUGCAGUCGGUGUGCCAGGGGAAUUCAUCCAUUGUCUCGGAUCUUGCACGGUGGUUAGCUGUCUGGAAGGAGACGCUUUCUGGUCGGACGUCCCAGAACCACCCGCGCGAGGCGCUGUGUGUGAUCGGGAGCUGAUGGUUGAAUUGUUUAUUCAGACUGACAACGAGUCGUUCAAGAUACUGGCUGUCAGGAUCCGGGUGACCCAGGCUGAUCUUGAGUAUGCCAUGCUUUCGGAGUUGGUCAUGGACAUUGCGAACAUGGUUUCGCUGUAUUGA